ACAUUUGAAGCCAAGAUCCACCAUCUUGAGACCAGACCGAGCCGAAAACCGAAGGACGGUCUGGAGGAUCUGGAGUAUUACGUUCAGUGUAAGGUGCACCUGUCAGACGUGAGCACACUGGUCAGCUCUCUCAAGAGAAGCGCAGAGGACGUCAAAACCACUAAAGAGGUCAAAUUUCAUUGGUUUCCAAGAAAAAUCGCUGAACUGGAUAAAUGCCAUCAUCUCAUCAACAAAUUUGAUCCGGAUCUGGAUCAGGAUCAUCCA